AAAUCGCCUAGAGAGUGAGAAACCUCCGUCCCGAGCGGCGCAAACGCCAAAAUCACAGAGAGCGAGGAAAAAAAAUUGCGAUCUCCUUUUUUUUUUUGCAGCCACACCGCCACAUCUGUGGUCAUCACCAGAUCGCUCUCGCCGCUCAAAUCUAAUUUCCGUGAAGAGAGUUAUGAAGGGGAAAGCUGCGUGGGAACCUGAAUACCACAGAGUAUUCGUGGAACUAUGCGUGGAGCAGAAGCUGCGUGGCCACAAACCCGGAACGCAGCAUUUACUUGAACCUUUUCAACAGAGGACAGGAGCAAGGUUUAACAAGAAGCAGCUUAAGAAUCAUUGGGACACAAUGUGCAAGCAGUGGAAGAUUUGGCGUAGGCUUGUGAAUUGCAGCGAUAUGAAAUGGGAUCCUGAGGCUAAUAUUUUCCAUGCCACUGCUGAUGACUGGGCCAACUAUUUACAUGUGAAUCCUGAUGCUGGGACGUUUCGGUUGAGUCCUCCUUUAUAUCUCAAGAAGCUAGAGAUUAUCUUUGAAGGCAGUCACGUAGAUGAUGAAGGUGGUGGUGGUGGUUCUAGCAAAUGCAAGAGGAAGCGUAGAAGCAUACAUCAUCAUGAAGAACAAGAAGAAGAAGAAGAAGAAGAUGAUCAUGAUGUUGAUGUUGAUGAUGAUGAAAUGCAGAUAGCGUCUAACUUCUCGACUCAUCAUGAUAUGCAGCAGAUGGAGUCUAAUUUCUCCACGACUCAUUCCAAAGGGUACUGGUCUCCGGCUACACACGAGCUGUUUCUGGACUUGUUGGUCCAGGAGACUUACAAAGGAAACAGACCUAACACACAUUACCCAAAGGAGAGCUGGAGACUGAUGCUUGAGACGAUCAAUCAAAACACUGGGAAAAAGUACACAAGAGCUCAGUUGAAAAACCACUGGGAUUGUACUAGGAAGGCCUGGAAGAUUUGGUGUCAAGUUAUUGGCUCUCCUAUCAUGAAAUGGGAUCCAGAUACUUGUACUUUUGGUGCAUCAGAUGAGGACUGGAGAAUCUAUUUAGAGGAGAAUCCUAGAGCUACACAGUUUAGAAGGAAACAAGUUCCUUGUGCAGACAAACUAGCUAUCAUCUUCAAAGGAGUUAUUGAGCCAGGAAAAGCUGACUUCCGUCCUUACCGCAAGAAACUGUAUGAUCACUCCGAGUCACCGCAGCUACUACAUGACCCAACUCCACUAUCAACUCUCUACAUAAACGAGCCAGGCACAGGAAGUGAAGAUGGAGAUGGGGAUGAUGAUGAGGAUGCUGAUGAUGAUGAUGAUGAUAAUGAUGAAUAUGAUGAUGGUGAGCCUACUCAUACUCCUCGUCAUCGCAGGAGACUUGGUGGUUUUGCAGAGUCUCGGUUACAAGAUGUUGAGAUUAGAACUCCGGUUUGUAACUCUUUGGAGGCUAAGAGGAUGAGGGAGAGUCCGUUGGCGGCGUCGUUGGCUAAGAAGCAAUGCGAGUAUACUAUUGGUGAAUGUAUUGAGCGUUUAGAUUCGAUGGAAGAGGUUGAGCAAGGGAGUGAUCUUUACAUGUUUGCGUUGGAUUUGUUUUUGAGGAAAGAGUAUAGAGAGAUUUUCUUGCAGCUGAAGAAAUCGAGUUUGAGAAUCUCUUGGUUGCUUAGGCUUCAGGCUGGCCGUCCUACUCAUGCUGCCUAAGAUCAUCCUUUUUAACAAUGACCUCUCCCUGCUUAUGUGUGUGAUUAAGCAAAACUGUUUAUUUAUCUUUUCAGUAAGGACAGUGUUUUUUAUAAUGGUUGUUGGUAAUAUCUAAACUAUGUUGGGAGUAACCUAGAGCAAUGUAUAUCUUUUCAACAGCUUGAGUCUUUGAGAUAUUAAGUUAUUAGUGUUUUGUUUCCA